AGUCAGUACAACAUACAUCGCAAACGGUAACGGUUGCAUGCAGCGCGCGCGAUCGCCAGCGUCAUUUAAAUUCAAACUGCGAUCUUUAUUCAAUGAACUUGCUCGUAUAUAAUGACUUUUAAUGUGUUUGGUAAACAACAAUGUUCAUGGAUCAUACUGACGAGGUUCCCGGCCAUACGGACGACGGGUUCGGGAGACCAGUAGAGUCUAUUAUGAGAUGUGAGGACUUCAAGAGCAACUUCGCGAGGAGGCUGUCGAACCGCUACUCCUCGAGAUCAACGAUCACCACCAAGAGGCAGAACUCGGUUAAAGCGCAACAGCGCAUCAACACCAAAGAAGCUGUCGAAAAUGCUCCAGAAAGAAUUGAGCGGUUUUCUCAACUUUCCAAAAUCAGAACAACGGAGCAAAAUGGCGAAGUUGUGAUGGCUCCGGACAAACCGAUGAAGAAUUAUAACAUACGAGACACAGAAGUAACUGCUUUGAACAUGGCUAUCGACACCUUGAGAUGGCAAUUAACACAGACAGAAGCGAACAGACAAAUGCACAUAGCUUUACUUAAGCAGGUGGUGACUUUUUUGAGCAGAGUUAAGGAACAUAUAGAGUGCCAGAGUCCUGAGACGACACCAAGCCCAGAGGAGGUGCCACAUAGAGAUGCAUCACCAUGCCACAGUGUCGUCGACUUGCCACGAUCCCGAUCCGUCUUGCAUGUUAACAAACAUGAGUAUUCCUUAACUACUGGCAAAAGGUUAAGCGCGAGGAAAAUGAGUAAAUCCAUUAACAACGUUAAUGGUUACAAAGAUUGCAACGGAACCUGGAAUCAAUCAAAACUAUCUUUGUCAUCCGACACGGAUAGUUCUCAAAAGCUUACUGAAGAAAUAACUAGACUGAUCACUCUUGCCAAUACUGUACUCAGUACCAAAAUACCCGAUCUCUCUUGUAAUUGCAACGAUAAUAAUGACACGAUAAAGAGUGAUGUUGUGUCUAAUGGAACUCUUGAACAUAACGAAUCGAAUUCAUCUUUAAAUCUUAUAGACGAGGACACGACUAAUGCAUUUAUCCUCAACACAAUUUACGACAGCGAGGACGCUUUCAAUGGACUUACGGACAAGUUUGAUGAUGUUAAAGAUGUCCCUCUAACAGAUUUCAUUGUUUCAUCGUCUCCACUCUCUUGUGGUUUGGAAAAUGACUUUGCUGGUAUUACAGUCACUCAACAAGAUGAAAAUAUCAAAACACAGACGGAAACAAAAUCUAGAAAAACUGAUAAGAGAAGCGUUUAUAACCACACCCCGCAUUACAUUGAAGAUGAAAGUGGAUUUUCUUCAAUGAGUUCGUUUCAAGAGAUAGGUAUUCCUAUAAUAAGUAUCAUACCACCGUCGCCUUGCAAGGAGGUAGGUUACAUUGAGGAGCUCACCGACAUUUUGGAUGGAGCCGAAAAGUGGAAGAGCGAUACGAUGGACCUCGAUAAGCAAACUGUGAAAGUAUUUUGGGUUUAAUUAUGUUUGCCAAUGUACAAAUUCGUGCCUGACUGCGUCUGAACGACGGUUAAAUUAUUUUUGCCAGUAUUUACUGUACCUAGUGCACAAAUGACUUAACAUAGAUUUCACACGUCGAUAGUGUAUUUUUGUUGCCUUCUGUUGUCAGGAAGUGCCUGAACUAUAUUGCCGAGAUUUUUGUUUACUUUGUGGUCGUAAAACUUUAAUUUUAAUAAAUAAUACAUUGAUACACUUA